CGUUGAAGCGGCCGCUUGUUGUUUCCCGGGACUCGGAAGGACGAGAAGUUACCUCUGGUCCGCGGACGCCGAGAGAGGACACCCAGGAUCACACCGAGGACGUCUGGCUUUACCCCCGAGGAACCGAUCCGGUGGAAGUGAAUGGAAACGGGAGUAACGGGAUCGUGAGAGACAGGAGGGGAUAUAACCUUUAUCCAUCACCUUGUGAGCGCAGCGCGGCGACGCUGCUGCUGCUGCUGCUGCUGCAACUCUUGUGGGCAACGUGCAACUCACCGCUGCACCGGACCGAACAAGGGAAUGACAUAAACACACCCGGAGAUGCUUUCCUGCCCUUCAAACACACUGAUGCUGCUGCUGCUGCUGCUCUGAACUUUUUGUUUUCUGUCCUCAACAAGAAAAUAGUUCUUCUUCUGCUUCUUCUUCUCAUCUGCACCAGGGAUUAACCAUGCCUGACCAAAUCACAGUUUCAGAGUUUGUGGCAGAGACCAAUGAAGACUACAAGUCACCGACCGCCUCUAACUUCACCACCAGGAUGUCCCACUGCAGGAACACGGUGUCUGCUCUGGAGGAGGCUCUGGAUGUGGAUCGCAGCGUUCUGUACAAGAUGAAGAAGUCUGUGAAGGCCAUCUACACGUCUGGUCUGGCCCAUGUAGAGAACGAGGAGCAGUACACUCAGGCCCUGGAGAAGUUUGGAGAGAACUGCGUGUACAGAGACGAUCCAGAUCUGGGUUCCGCCUUCCUCAAGUUCUCCGUCUUCACCAAGGAGCUCACUGCGCUUUUCAAAAACCUCUUCCAAAACAUGAACAACAUCAUCACCUUUCCCCUGGACAGCCUGCUGAAAGGAGACCUGAAGGGUGUCAAAGGGGAUUUGAAAAAGCCGUUCGACAAAGCCUGGAAGGACUACGAGACUAAAGUCACCAAGAUAGAGAAGGAGAAGAAGGAGCACGCCAGGCAGCACGGGAUGAUUCGGACGGAAAUCAGCGGCGCCGAGAUCGCCGAGGAGAUGGAGAAGGAGAGGAGGUUCUUCCAGCUGCAGAUGUGUGAGUAUCUCCUCAAAGUCAACGAGAUCAAGAUCAAGAAGGGGGUGGAUCUGCUGCAGAACCUCAUCAAGUACUUCCACGCACAGUGCAAUUUCUUUCAGGAUGGUCUAAAAGCUGUGGACAACCUGAAACCCUCCAUAGAGAAACUGGCCACAGAUCUGCACACGAUAAAGCAGGUGCAGGACGAGGAGAGGAAGCAGCUGACUCAGCUACGAGACGUCCUGAAGUCGGCGCUACAGGUGGAGCAGAAGGAGGAUUCCCAGGUGCGGCAGAGCACCACCUACAGCCUGCACCAGCCGCAGGGCAACAAGGAGCACGGCACCGAGCGCAGCGGCUACCUGUACAAGAAAAGCGAUGGGUUGAGGAAAGUGUGGCAGAAGAGGAAGUGCACAGCGAAGAACGGAUACCUGACCAUCUCACACGGCACAGCGAACCGACCGCCGGCUAAACUCAACCUGCUCACCUGUCAGGUGAAACACAAUCCUGAGGAGAAGCGGAGCUUUGACCUCAUAUCACACGACAGAACGUAUCACUUCCAGGCCGAGGACGACCAGGACUGCCAGAUCUGGAUCUCGGUGCUGCAGAACAGUAAGGAGGAGGCGCUGAAUCAGGCUUUCAAGGGGGACCAUCAUGUCGGCGAGAACAACAUCGUGCAGGAGCUGACCAAGGCGAUCCUGGGAGAAGUCAAGAGGAUGACGGGAAAUGACGUGUGCUGUGACUGCGGAGCUCCCAAUCCGACGUGGCUGUCCACCAACCUGGGCAUCCUCACCUGCAUCGAAUGUUCGGGGAUCCACAGGGAGCUGGGAGUCCACUACUCCCGCAUCCAGUCCCUCACUUUGGACGUCCUCAGCACCUCCGAGCUCUUGCUGGCCAAGAAUGUGGGGAAUGCAGGCUUUAAUGAAAUCAUGGAGGCUUGUUUAAGUGCUGAAAAUGUGGUGAAACCCAACCCGACCAGUGACAUGCAGGCGAGGAAAGACUUCAUCACAGCCAAGUACACGGAGAAGCGCUUCGCCAGGAAGAAGUGUCCCGACCCGACGUCGCGGCUCCACACGCUGUGCGACGCCGUGAAGGCUCGAGACAUCUUCUCCCUCAUCCAGGUCUACGCCGAGGGAGUGGACCUCAUGGAGCCCAUACCUCUGGCCAACGGGCAUGAACAAGGAGAGACGGCCCUUCAUCUGGCGGUCAGGCUGGUGGACAGAACGUCUCUGCACAUCGUCGACUUCCUCACCCAGAACAGUUUAAAUCUGGACAAGCAGACGGCCAAAGGCAGCACGGCGCUGCACUACUGCUGCCUGACCGACAACAGCGAAUGUCUGAAGCUGCUGCUGAGGGGGAAGGCCUCCAUAGAGAUCGCUAAUGAGGCCGGGGAGACGCCGCUGGAUAUCGCUCGGAGGCUCAAACACCUACAGUGCGAGGAGCUGUUGAAUCAGGCGCUGGCGGGAAAAUUCAACGCCCACGUCCACGUCGAGUACGAGUGGUGCCUCCAGCAUGAAGACCUGGACGAGAGCGACGAGGAUCUGGACGAGAAGCCGAGCCCCCACCGGAGAGACGAGCGUCCGGUCAGCUGCUACACUCCGGGCAGCAACUCCCACCUCCCGUCCAGCUCGGCGGGCCGCGACGGCCUCGGCAAGGACAAGCAGCGGCCCUACAUGCCCAACCUGGUCAACAACGAGACGUACGGCACCAUCCUCAACACCAACCCCCCUCAGCCCGCCACCACCUCGGCCCCGCCGCUGCCCCCGAGGAACCUGGGUAAGCAGACACAGCAGCAUCACCGAGUGGAAGUGUUUGUGGUCAAGAAAGACUGACUGUCGAUUAUUCUCAUUAACUGAUUACAUUAAAU